UUUGUGACUCAUGAUUUAGUUCCUUUGAUCAGUGCCUGAUGCUAAUUCUGUGACAAUGUAUGUUUGUACGCCUCAACACACUCAGGUGCACACCACCCUCAUAGAGACUCCAGAACUAAAGGUGGAUGCCUGUCCAGGCUGCCAGUUCACCAGCUGCCUCUGUGCCAACGAAGCAAAAAUCUUUGCGUGGAAUGUGACAGCCACUAGACUGGGCAAAGUGAAUGUCACUGUGAGCAGUGUGGCAGAAGAUUCGCAUAAUCUGUGUGAUAACAGGGUUGCUGUGACACCGCUGCAAGGAAAGACAGACACAGUGAUAAAACCUUUGAUUGUGAAGCCAGGAGGCAUACUACAAGAGAAGACCCAAAAUGCCUUUCUCUGUGCUACAGAUAACACAGUCUCUGAAGAAUUCUCCCUGACUCUGCCUGAAGAAACACUGGAGGGAUCUGGCCGAGCCACUUUCUCUGUGAUUGGUGAUAAAGGCUUUCCUUGCUCUUGGGUCCUAGUGGAAAGAUUGCACA